GGAAGAGCAAAUGAGAGAUAGCAAAUCAACAACUGUUCAAAUAAAUAAAUAUUUCUUAAAUAUUGAAUGGCCUCUUGAGUAUUUGUGGAUCAGGGUGUGUACACAUGGUCUUAUCAUUUGAAAAAUCGUUCUUCAUAUAAUGAAUUGAAACUGUGACAGCACUGGAGAAAUUUUAUUGCAUAGAGGGAGCGAUUAUGACAUAAACCAAUGGCGGUUCUCAGUGGCCUUUCAAUCGAGCGCAAUGUUUACAAAAUACGAAGCAUAUUCUUCGUUGCAAGAAAACUUUCGUCGAAAGUUCAGACUUCAAAAAAUAGUUUUCUGUAUUGUCAGGAAUUAGUAAGGAAACACGAUUAUGAAAAUUUUCUAGCAGCUCUUCUUUUGCCACCAGCUUCACGCCAAUCUACGAUCGCUGUGAGAGCUUUCAAUGUUUCGUUAGCUCAAGUUCAGGAUCAAGUCUCACAAGGUACAAUUGGCCAAAUGAGAAUGAAAUUCUGGUCAGAAACAUUAGAAGCUGUGUAUCAAAACACACCACCAGCACAGCUAGUUGCUUUGCAGCUUUACGAAGCUGUCCAACGUCAUAAUCUCUCCAAAAGGUGGCUGCAAAGGUUGAUCUCCAGUAGAGAAAAUCACUUGUCUUCCAAAGCUUUUCAAUCUCUUUCAAAAGUAGAGGAUUAUGCAGAACAUUCUGUUUCGUCUGUCCUGUACCUUACAUUGGAGUCUCUCAAUAUUAGAAAAGUUGAUAGUGAUCAUGCUGCUAGUCACAUUGGGAGAGCUCAAGGACUCGUUACACUAUUGAGAGCAAUCCCAUAUAAUUCAAAAAGGCAACAAGUGUAUGUGCCUCUUGAUCUUCUUGUUCAACACAAAGUUUCUCAAAAUGAUUUUCUAAGAGGUUCUGAUGACAAGAAAGUGAAAGACUUGAUCUUUGAUGUAGCUAGUACAGCUAAUGCCCAUAUUCAAAAGGCAAGAACUAUUAUCCCAAAAGUACCGUCUGAAGCGAAGAUUGCGCUAAUGCCUUUAAUCAGUGUGGAUUCGUAUUUAGAUCAACUGAGGGCAGCGGAUUUUAAUGUCUUUGAUCCGAAAUUAUCGCAGCGGAACAAUCUGCUCCCUUGGAAACUAUGGUGGAAUAAGUUUAGGGGUAAAAUUUAGUAUUUCAAUUGCAUUUAUUUAAUGUUUCAUCCAAGACAUCAGCCACCUUGUUAUGCAUAUAUAAAACAAACAAACAAAAAUAAAGUAUGAUGUGAACUAA